CACCCUGCGACACCAGCGCCACACACUGUGACACCAGCGCAACACCCUGCGACACCAGAACUACACUCUGCGACGGUUGUAUUCCUAGCGGCCAUGAAAAUGUACAACAACUGGAAGAUUGUGCACAACUCACAUCAAGCAGUGGAGUCAGCAUUCAGUUCGAUGCAGUUGAAAAUGUGAAUUCAGUGAAUGAUUUAACUCACUGGAACAAUGGUAAACCUGGUGGUGAUAAAUUUGAACUGCACUCUGCUGACAACAAUCUGAGGGAUGGGACAAACACUGGACCUGGGGAAACUGUGUCGACGAAAUCAGAUGAAGGGUUGGAAUCUACUCACGAUAACAGCGAACAGUCUGCUCAACACAAUCAAAACUUUAGUAGUGAUAGCAGCCAUAAUCAGCUCAGGCUUUCGUGGUACCCUAAAGAGGUGAUGGACGGCCAUGAAAAAGACCUUGAUUCUAAUCAGACUGGUGUAAGAGAAGAAAG